AGGAAACUUAAAUUUGAAACACUACACCACGAAUAACAUACACACAAGGCGACCGCUGACCCCGAUACUCACCGCGUGCUGAUGCUAAGUCGUCAGAAAUUCGCGUUUCCAUAUUCAAAUGAGCAUUAGAGAGACAUUAAAAACGAAAUUCUACGCGUCGGCGUCUCUAGAUGAUCUACUUGCUCUUUCCAAUCCUCCUCUGAAAAAAGAAUUCUCUGAUUUUGUUGAAAAGAAAGUUUAUCCUUCUUUGCAAGAGUCGUUUCGUAAUGUCACAGAGCUUGAAACUGCUGUCAAAUUUUGUUGUUAUGAUAUCUCUGCGAAUCGUGAUUUAACAAUUGACAAACGAAUUCAAAAGUUAUUCGCCAUUCUGGAUCUUACAGUCUCCCUGGCAAAAUUACACUCUGAACAGCAUGAUGAGGUUACUACAUUUACACUAAUGGAGGAGCUCGUUGAUAUUCAUAGUGUUCAAGACUGUGAAAAGCUCUAUGAGUACUUUACUACAAGACCGCUUGUCACCGUUGGUUUAAGUGGAACUCGGGGAAAAGGACCGGUGUUGCUCCGUAUUUCAAAUAACCUUCUAAGACGUUUAUCUCGAGUUGAUCAUCCCGCUUUUUGUGGUCGAAUUCAUAUGUUUUUAAGUUCUGUUUUUGGUCCUCAUGAACGGAGUGGUGCCAAUUUACGCGGCGAAUUCGACAUUGCAAAUGAGCCUGUUAAUGUUGAAGAUACCCUGCCAGAGAAUAUCCGUGCAUUAACAACAGCCGAAACCCGGAUAAAGCAAAGUGUAUUGGAUGAUGUUUUUGAGGCUAUUUGGAGCUUGCAAAACUACAUGUCCAACCCAACAAAGCUCUAUUCAAGCCAAGAGAUUGAGAUGUUUACUACGAAUACUCAAAAAGUUCUUGAGUGUUUCAAUGGGGUUCAUAAACUUAGUGUAUUCCAAAAUCGAGACGACUCUGUAGAUCUGCACAAACGAUUCCAAAUCCUUUUACGCAGGGCAUUCUCGGAAAAGCACCUUCUUUUGUUAAAUCGGUAUAUCCGCAGUCAUGAACUUCUCGCAUACCAACUACUUGAUGAGCAGUUUUCGGUAGAAUAUCUGGUGCAAAUCUCUAUCCUGCUAAAUCAUCUUCUUGACUUUACUCAAGAAAACCGCAAGAAACAGGACUCUCUUCAAUUUACUAAUAAGGCACUUAUUUCAUCGUUUGUACUGGAUUCGGAAGACGAGAAAAAACUUUUAAAAGUUAAGCAAGCUACAGAAAAACUUUUGGAUCAAGUUCCGGAAUCAGUUUUGACAAAUACUCUUCGGAGUCUCUUUACCAUUGAAAAUAAUUGGAAAAUAUGGAAGGCUAGAAAUUGCCUGACCAUCGAAAAACCACUGCUAGAUUCUUCAUUUUUGGAGGCAGCACAAGAAGGAUUGAACAAGCUUACAGUACCUGCUACAGCGUUACGUUAUUGCAUGGGUACUGCUUCCUUAUCAAAAAUCUGGAGUUCUUCGGUUGAGGAGAACCUUCAGGAUUUACAACGAAAAGAAGCAACCCAAGUUCCAGCAGCCACUGACUUUUUGAAUGGUGUUGAAAAGGAAGAAAACGAAGCGGCUGAGGCUGUUAGAGAAGAUGAACGUCAGUAUCACUUGCAAGCCAAAGCAAGCAAAACAUGGCGCGCUUUGAGGUCGGCAAUCUCAGAUAACCUUGACAAAUUUCGAUUCAUUGGCAUAUCUGAUUUAAAGUUGUUGUGCAAAGCAAUGAAGGGAGAUGAAUUACAUGUUCCUGAAGGACUUGUGGUGAACUCUCCUAUAUUUAAUAUUCGAAUUGCAGAGAGUCCUCAAGAUAAAGCAGCACUUGGCCUUGAGCAGAUUCCACCUGUAAAACCACAGACUGAAGCUACUCCUGAAACAAACAGUGACUUGGAGAAAAGCGGAAUUCAACAGAGCAAAGCCGAUGAAAAUGCUGGUUCGCAAACGGAUAAAACUGCGUCUGAAAAUGUUUCAAAAACAUCGAUGGAAUCAAAAAAGCCAACACAGAUGUCAGAAGAACCCACUACUCAAAUGCAGACUGACGAAAAGGCUCAACAAGAUGAGCAUGCAACUUCAGAAACCAUUUCAAUUUCUCGAAAACGAUCGCUCAGUGCUGAAGAAGAUGAAUCAGUAUCCGCAAAAAAGCAAAAAACAGAGAUGGAGCAGGGUGAAAUUGCACCUUAGUGAGAAGUUACGUCUAUUUCAUCACUGUGUAUAGAUUUACUGCUUCAGCUCUACACGAUGGCUGCGCUGCUCGGCUUCACACUUAAAUUCUGAGUGAGGUUUAAAUACCGCCCUUUCGCAUAUGUGCAAAUGGCAUUCUUCGUUCGCAAACUCCCACAUGGGUAUUCCAAUUACCAUCCAGAUUACGCUUAAAACACUCAGCGACGCAAACAGCUUUGGCUAAUGGAUAAGGACAUUAGUAUUAAAAUUAACGCUAGCGAUGGACAACACCGAAUAGGUGAUGUUUUAUCCAUGGGACAUACAAGAAAUGAACUCUCAGAACUAAUUAAGUGUACAAUUAAGUAGUACUCUGCUAUUGCGAGGAAGAUGCAACUGAAAGCAAUCAACAAAAUGUGAAAGCUCAUUUGUUAAUUUUGAGCUCUAACACCUCCCGUCUCCUCUGUUUGCUUUAACGGAGAAAAAUUAUCUUUUCCCUUAUUUGGGUUUUUGUUUACUUCGCGUAAAGCACCGAGGUAAACAAAUGUACAUAAUACACUGUAGCUAGACAGUUCAUAAAAUGAGCUACAAAAACUCCCAAUUCAUAAAUACAGUACAAUUAAUGGUGCCGUAACCUUAUCGCGGCUUUAUUCCGGUUUCAGGCAAUGGGCCAUGCAGUUUUUCCCAGCAUUUUCGAAAUUCCAUAACCUGUAUUGUUAAUUUUAUGUUAAGGCACCUUUUUUUACAAAUAUUAAAAGCGUACCUCUUUUGUACAUUUCCGCCAGUCGUGUUUGUCCCAAUAACAUUCAUUCAUUGCUAAGUAGGCGUCUUUACAACCGCUGUUGUCGACUGCGAUAUCCCAAGCAUCAACAUCCUCGACAUCCUCGUCUUCCUCGUCCGCAGGUGUUUCAUUAUCAAUAUUGUCUGAAGACAUGUUUCACAGCAGGAGAUUGUGUGUUGUGGUAUCGUAAAGAUAGGUGACUUUGAUGGAAAGUACGGAUGUAAUACGUAGUAAAUUUCUAAUACAUUUCUUUUCAUUCCAUAAACAAAACAGU